GCUAGUAAAUUGUGGCCAUGUAUGGAGUAUGAUACGUGCUACUGUGUGCAUUGCCAUGGAGUGCGAGGAGACGCUAUGUACUACGAAAGAGGAAUACCAUCGAAAGUAUAUGCACUACCAAUUGGAUGGGUUCGCUUUCCCCUGAAAGUUCGGAAUGCUUAUCCCCAGUAUCAUGUAGCAUAUCACGGUACCAAAUCUGAAAACCUCAAAGAUAUACUACUUACCCAUCGGCUUCUCAUACCAGGUGACACCACUCCCUCCGGUAAAAUUGUAAAUGAGAGAAAAUUCCAUAUUCCAGCUUGUAACCAAUUUGGUUUCAACACGAAGCAAAUAUUUGUGUCCCCUAGUAUAUUAUACGCUGGGAAUCCCACAUAUGCCACACCUAAAAAAUGGUACGAUUGUAUAAGUCGCUGGGUAUACAACGCGAGUGUAGCGAUACAAGUAUGGAUUCGCCCAUUCAGCUAUAAAGUAGGAAGACAUACUCUGGCAGGAGCUUAUGGAAUCGACCCAUUCUUCAGUGAUGACACAUUAGAGUGGUCGACGACGAAUAGAUGGGAUGUUAUACCAUACGGAUUACUG